UAAUGCAACAUUAUGUGUGAAAUAUAAUAACACACUCUCGACUCUAAAAAGAAAAAGAAAAAAUUAAAAUCUGAACCAAGACGGGAGAAAUCUGAAAUAUACAGCUUGUAUUGCGACAACAAUAGACCGGGGCACUUUAUUUAACGACAAACGAUUUAUAAACAGUGCGGGCGCGCUCAAAAGUAGGCAACAAAUAGCAUGGCGGACAUGGAACGCAUAAGGCUGGUGCUGCUCGGAGGCGCGGGUGUUGGCAAAAGCUCUAUUGUAAAGCGUUUCCUUUUCAAAACCUACACGGACAAAUAUCGUGCCACAGUCGAGGAUCUCUACAAUCGUGAAUACGACUUGGGUGGCGUCACGCUUAAGGUGGACAUUCUGGAUACCUCCGGUGACAUGCAAUUUCCCGCCAUGCGCCGCCUUUCCAUUGCCACGGCACACGCGUUCAUGCUCGUCUAUGCCACAACAUCUGCGCCCAGCUUCCAGUGUGUCAAGCAAUGCUUCGAGGAGAUACGCGAGCAACGUGGCGACUUUCAGGACAUUCCCAUUGUUAUCGCUGGCAACAAAGCUGAUUUAGCGACCACCCACAGAGAGGUCAAGCAGGAAGAGGUGACGGACUGGGUGUUCUGUGAAUUGCCACGCUUGAGGGCCAAGGUGGUGGAGUGCUCGGCCAAGGAGGACACCAACGUGACCGAAUUGUUUAAAACCCUCUUAUCCCUCUCCCGGUUCUUGCCGGCUAGCAGCACCACCAGCGGAGCCGGCAGCAGCGAUGCUGCGACCAGUGGUUUCAAACGACGCUCAUCGGCCUAUGUCAGUGCAUCGUCCAGCCGCAAUAAGAAUCGCAUGGCCAGUCCGUCGGUUAGCUGCGAGAAAAAAUCAAAUCUGGUGGAUGCCGUCGACGUUGCCAGCACCAGUGCUGAGGCCAAAUUGAAACCGCGUUCCAGAUCUCUCAUACGGCGCGCUUCACGCAAGACCAAGCAGCAAAUCAACAACGCAUCCGAUGAAUGCAAUUUACAGUAAAUAGCCAACACAAUGGGC